AUACUAGAUAUGAGGCUCCUUUCUACACAUUUGUUUGCUAUUUAUAUACAACUGGUAGCUCGAGGCGUCUUGUGCGUAAAUUAACUAUGAAGAAAAAUUUCUUUAGACUGGUCGCAGUGGGUGGAGAGAAGACUUUAGAAACCAUACAGGACUCAAGAAGACAUUAAUUUAACGAUUGAAUAUUAUCUACACUACACCAAAUGUCUGAUUUAGAAGAUUUUGAAGGAGAUGCAGGUUUAUUUGAGGAGCCAGAUGAUUUCCGUCCUCCCCCUCCUGAAUCACAUUUUGCUACUUACAAAAGAAAGUUAGCUAAUGCUGAACCUAGUGAAAUCACUCUUAAACUAGUAGGUAAAUCACCUUUAUGGGGUCAUUUACUCUGGAACGCUGGUAUUUUCACAGCUGAUUAUUUGGAUAAGAAUGCUGUGGAUUUGGUAAAGAAUAAGAAAAUCCUUGAACUUGGUGCUGCUUCGGGAUUACCUGGAUUAGUAUCUGCAUUAAAUGAUGCUAAAUUAGUGGUAUCGACAGAUUAUCCAGAUCCUGAUUUAUUAUCUCAUAUUCAAUACAAUUUUGAUCUUUUAAAUGAACAAUAUAAGGGUCAAUUAUCUAAAUACAUAGUUAAAGGUUACAUUUGGGGUAAUAAUGUGGGUCCAAUACUAUACCCUAAAGAAGAAGAAGAUAAAGAAUUAUCAGACAAGGAAAUAUCUGAAGUUGAAGAUGAAGAUAAAUUUGAUUUAAUAAUUUUAUCUGAUUUAGUAUUUAAUCAUACAGAACAUCAUAAACUUUUAACUACAUGUCGUAAAACCUUAAAGAAAGAUGGAAAAUGUUUAGUUGUAUUUUCACCACAUAGACCACAUUUAUUGCAUAAAGAUUUAGAAUUUUUUGAAACUGCUGAAAAGGAGUAUGAAUUCAAAUCCCAUCAAGUUAGUAUGGUUAAUUGGACACCAAUGUUUCAAGAAGAUGAAGAAACUGUUGAAAUAAGAUCAAGAGUUUAUUGUUUCCUUUUACUGGCUAAUUGGUAAUUAAGUAAUUUAUAGUUAGAAAAUUUCUUAGAUACGAAUAAUACACGGCAUGUAAUAUACUAUGAAUGGUUUAUAUAUUAAAUGUAAGAAAAAUAUUAUUGUAACAUGAGUCAAUACAUUGUAAUGACUUUUUAAUUACAAUGUAAGUAUGUAUAGUAGACCUCAAAUAAUGACCGAAUACAAAAUAUAUAUAUAUCCUACUUCAAUUUUGAAAAAUUAUGUUAUACAUGAAUGAACCUAAAAGCAACAAAUGUAGUAGUAAAAGAUGUUAUCAAAUUUAACUAGCUUAUUGAGAAGCUGGAGAUGGGUUCAUCUUUCUCUUACCGUUGGUUAAGGUAACAUUGACGAAUCUUCUGGUGUACAAUAAUCUUUUGUAAGCUCUACCUUUUGGUUGUUUUGGCUUUUCUUGUUUGUCAACCUUUGGAGUUUGAGAUUUAACUUUACCAGCACGAGCUAAGGAACCGUGAA